UUUACGGAAAACAAUUUUUGCAAUGAAUUUUUCGAAGAAUUUUCAUAUAUGCAAUUAAUCUGCAAACAUGCCUGAGUCUAUUUCUGUGGCAGAUUUUAUAGACCAAACAUGGGAGGAUUACAACUCGCCCACAACCUCCACAUUCGACAAGAAAAUGACAACUUGUCGAAACACUGUAUCACAAAUUGAGGAAGAGCUUGAUACAGACAGAAGCGAGUUGACAAAGUUGAAAAAAUCUGUGCGAGCAUUGUACAAUUCUACUAGCAAAUAUGCACAAAAUGAGAUGGAUAUUGCUGACAAUUUGGACAGAAUCGGAAAAAGUGCCAGUAAUAGCCACCGUGAAAUAAAUGAUGCCUUCCAUGAGUUCGCCAAGAUAACAAAAACGCUUAGUCUGCUUAUUGAAGACAUGUCUAAAGGUCUCCACAACAGCCUACAGUAUCCCCUCGAGUCCUUCCUGAAGGGGGACAUCAAAUUAGUAAAGGGAGACCUCAAACGGCCCUUUGAUAAGUCGUGGAAGGACUAUGAGUCAAAGUUUGCCAAGCUUGAAAAAGAGGCUAAGAAGAAGGCUAAUGAUAUUGGCCUGUACCGUACAGAGUUGGCGGGGAGUGAGGUAGCCGAGGAGAUGGAAAAGGAGAGGAAGUUCUUCCAGCUACAGAUGUGCAUGUACCUCAUCAAAGUGAAUGAGAUCAAGACGAAGAAGGGUGUGGAUUUGCUCAACUACUUCAUGGAAUACAACAAAGCUGUCAAACAGUUUUUCAACAAGGGCCAGGCUGAGAUAGAGAAGCAUGAAUCGUUUAUAGACAACCUUGGCCAGCAGCUCAAGGACAUCAAGCACACACAGAGCCAGGAGAGAACCAAACUGCUCGACCUUCAAACCAAACUCAAGAACUCCAUGCAGGGAUAUAAGGAGGACCCUGGAACAGAAUUUCAUGGAGUCAAGCCAAGCUCCUCAUCAUCUGCAGCGACCGGUUACCGGCUACACCAGCUGCAGGGCAACAAAAACCACGGGUCCACAAAGGAGGGUUUCCUCCUAAAGAAGAGUGAGGGCAUGUUGAAAAAGAUGUGGCAGAAGCGCAAGUGCGCCAUUAAGGACGGGAUCAUGAGGAUGCAUCAUGCUGAUGAGUCAAAGGAGCCGGUAUGUCUCAAUCUGCUCACAUGCCAGGUGAAGCUGGUCUCUGAUGACCCAGGGAAGAAAUGUUUUGACCUUGUCUCUAGUCAUGGCAACAGAACAUACCAUUUCCAAGCCGACGAUGAAAAAGAGAUGGAACAAUGGAUAUCCGUGUUAAGCAAUGCUAAGGAGGAGGUUCUACUGAAAGCCUUCCAGGACUCAGGCUCCAAUGUCACAAUGAACGAACAUGUGCGUGAACUCACACGGAACAUCAUCGAAAGGAUAGAGAAACUCCCCGGCAACAAGACUUGCUGUGACUGUGGGGCGGCUGAUCCGAAAUGGCUAUCUACAAACCUUGGAGUGUUGAUCUGCCUGGAGUGUUGUGGGAUCCACCGAAACCUGGGCGUGCACAUCUCACGAACACAGAGUCUCGAGAUAGACCAACUUGGGACUUCGCAGCUACUGCUUGCCAGAGUGAUAGGGAACGACUACUUCAAUGAAGUACUGGAGGCGAGACUCACAGGAACAAAACCAAAGGCAGACAGUCCCAUGAAUGAGAGGGAGGAGUUCAUUAAGGCCAAAUAUGUGGACCAUGAAUACACGAUCAUCACAUGCAACGACAUACGUGAGUUACAGCACGACUUCCAACAGGCGAUACAGCAGCGUGACCUCCAGUCCAUUAUCCAGGUGUAUGCCGAGGGGCUCGACCUCAUGACUGUGUUACCAGACUCACCUUUGGAAGAGACCGCCCUCCAUCUUGCCGUUGCUCAGGAGGACGGGACCUCACUACCCAUCGUCGACUUCAUCAUCCAGAAUUCCAACAUUAACAGCCUAGGCCGUCAGACCCGGGAUGGUAACACGUCUCUACACCUGUGUGCCAUACUUAACAAGACAGAAUGUAUGAAGUGUCUACUGCGGACCAAGCCAGACAUCGCGCACAUUAAGAACAAGGGCGGACAUACUGCUCUUGACAUCGCCCUGGAGAAUAACUUCCAGCUCUGUGCUGAAUUGUUGAAGGCAGCUAUGGCAGGAAAGAAGGACGUGUUUGAACACAUCAGUAUUGAGUGGGACCUCAUAACGGAUGAGGGUCCAGACUACAGUGAUGAUGAUCUAGAUAUGCCAGAUCGGCGUCCUCGGUCACGCCCAUCCAGUCUAGUUGGUGUAGAGCUGCAGGCUCGUGAAGGCUCCCCACGGGACAGGACAGAGUCGGACGUCGCCCGACAUGUACCCUCCAAACCAAGGAAACACCAUCUUACACACCCGACAAGGUUCAGAAAUAGCCUGAGGAAUAUCCCUGGCCUGAUGAACCACUCAGCCAGUCAGUCUGUACCCAACUCACCUCCAGUCACAAGCCAGGGUCAGCGGUCCCCAGAGCCCCCACUGCCUCCCCGUGGCAUCAAGAAACCCCCAGCUGCACUCUCCCUUCCCAAUUCAAGCGGAUCAGGUUCAUUACCAUUCAAAGCCUUUAAUCACGCGCGUCACACGUCCGACCCGCACCAGGAAAUCCCGUACAUGCUCCACCGCCGCACACCGUCCGAACCCCCACCAAGACCACAGACUCUAGAUACGGCCAGAUACACUGUCAACAUACCUUAUUCUGGUGUGGAGACUGCUACAGAUAAGCCCGCUAUACCUCCAAGACCUCGGGCACUUUCAGGAGGGGAUGAUUGCCGGAAGCAAUCAGCCUCAGAUGUCCCGGAAACUCCCCCACCCGUUCCUGCACCCAGGAAGCCUAAAAAGCCAGGAUACCGGCGUUGCGAGGCACUAUUUGACUGUGAUGCUGACAACGAAGAUGAACUGUCCUUCCGGGAAGGGGAGAUAGUUGUUUUACUGAGGGAAGAAGAGGAGGAGUGGUGGGAAGGGGAGAUAGAGAACCAGCCUCACAGACGCGGCCUGCUCCCUCUCAGCUUUGUAAAGGGCUUACCAGACUGACCCCAACUCCAAUGAGGCCAAACCUAGAGGUCGGAAGUCGGGUCAAAUAUAGCUGGCCAAUAAAACAGGGCUUUUUAAACGGACUGGGAAAUGGCGUAUUUACAGAGCUCAUAAUUAAUAUGGCAUUUUGUUUUAAGAAAAAAUGUAUCGGAUUAAGAUAAAUUAGUGAAUAUUAUAUUGAGCUAUAAUUUUUGUUAUUGUUGAUGAUGAUAUUUUUAUUUUUUAUUUAUUUUGAAAAAGUUUCCAUUAAGGAAUGAAUUUGUUACAUUUUCUACAGCAUGUAAAAUAUCCAGCCAAUAUUGAUUGUUAAACAGCCAUGAACAAUGUAUAAAAAUGCCUUACCAAAAUAAUGUAAUAUUUGCGAUGCUUACAUUGAGAAUGGAAUAUUUUUCCUGAUUGAUGAAUAAUUCCUACUGGUUAGGGACCACUUGUUUGCCAGUAUCGAUUAUUCACCCACCCUGUUGGCUGUUGUUUAGCAAUUCCAUUAUUAUUGUUUUCAUACAAAUGAAAGUUUGUGUUCUAUUAGCUUCAUAGUAGGGAAAUUAAAAUUGCACGAGUACGCGUUAUAUUUCUUCAGUGAUGAAUUAUUGAUUUUUUACCACUUAACAAAAUUGAAAUCAUUUCACCCUGAAAUACCUGUUAAACCAUACCGGUAGCAACAUGUUUAAUUUAAUACAAACAAAAAUAUAUUGUCUGUCUGGAACAAAUAUUUUUAGAUUUUUUUCUAUAAUUACAAUUUCCUCAAAUACCGGUAGGCAGAUUAUUACUUUGUCAUUUAUUUAUGUCACAGUAUAUUUGGCAAGAGAAUUCAUUCAUAAAAAACAUGCAUUAAAAGUCUUUUCAUACCUAUAUUUAGAGCAUUGACUUUAUCCCAGUGAAAUUUCAAUCGUGAAUAUUCAGUAUUUAUGGAGUUAUUCAAGAAAAGCCUCUGUUUCCGGGUGAAGGGUACUUAACCAGUUCUCAGGCAAUUUUUUGUUAAUUAAAUACAUGGAGUCGUUUACUAUGGUAUCUCAUAUGUUGCAACGAAUAAGAACUUGUUUAAUUAUCUACAAUUAUUGUAAUAGUAACAUUUGUAGAUUGUGUAGGGACCAUGUGUAUUUGUGUCGUGUGUACGGAGUACUUUAUACCAUUGAAAACCAUUUUUAUAUUUGGUUGAAUACUAGUUGGUAGUUAACAGAUAUCAGGGGUUCUUAUGAUAAGGUUUGAGAACUUUUUUCAACUUCAGACGAUUGGCUUUACUCGGACAUUUGCAACAAAAACAGUUAGAAGUACUUUAAAAAAAAUAAAUGUAAAUGACUUUGGAUUCAAUUUCAAUAAGGAUCUUCCAAUGCUGGUACAAAUAAAAAGUUAUAGUAAGAAUAUUGAAAUUCAUGUAACUGAUCAAUUACUGAACUGAAGUAACUUAUGGCUAUUAAAAUGGUACAAAUAUGAUCUGCAGGGAAACCAGAAUAAUUCCAGGCAUCAAUUAUUACAAGCUUAUAUUUUUUGUGAGCAAAUUGUGAUGAUUAUCACAGAUUUGUUGAAAAGUUCUGAUGGGGAUCAUUGCGAAUCUUUAUUUAUACAGUCACCACAUGUCACCAUGUGCUGAAUAUAACAUUCAAUGAUGGCAUAUGCAUUUGCUGUCACCCACUUAUAUUCCAAUUAAUGAACUUUAAGCUGAACAAAGUGAUUGCCAGUCCUCUAAUUAGUUUUUACUAUUAAAAUCUAGUUUUAUUAUUUUGUAUUAGAUAAGUAUUGAUUAAAUCAGUACUGGAAUCUCGACCAACUUACAUGCCUACCAGCAUACGCCACUGUAGAAAAAGAAAAGUAGUCCAGUCCAAUUCAAAGUGCAAUAUGUGUUCAGGGAGAAUAUAGCAGCAUUCUAGGUAGAAUAGUGUAAGCAGCUUUAGCUCAAUGUUGUAGUUUACAAGUCAUAGAUCUGGGUAAGAGGACUUUGCCAGUUUGUAGAACCAGAGUAAUCUUGUUAAAUCUAUGUAGUUUACAUGUAUGUUUGAAAAAGUUAUAAGAUAUGUUACACUACUUGUACAUAUGCACUUCCUAUUGUGCACUACAUCAUCCAGGUAUGCUGCAUAAUGUGUUGAUUGUGCACGUUUAGGAUGACGUGUAUGGUAGAAUGCAUUGAUUGUGCACGUUUAGGAUGGCAUGUACGGUAACACGAGGAAAGUCAUUAAUGCGAUAUCAGCAAGCCGUAAGUUCAAGUUUAAAUUCAAUGGUAACAUUUACAGGAACGUUAGCUCAUGUACAAGUCAUGUAGUUUCAUGUAUUAGUGGAGUAGCUUCAUGUUCAAGUCCUGAAGGUAGAAGUCAUGUUUUGCAACCUUUGUUUUGUUUUUUAAGGGAAAGCUUUGGAAUACAUAACAUGCAAAAGGAAUUAUGUUACAAAUAGAUCAAACUUGCUGUAAGAUUUGUUAAGCCUAGUUCGUUGUAGUCUGUCAUUAUAUUAAUACAAAUGUAGAGUGUUUCCAUAGCUAACAAUGACAACAACAAUGAUAUGUACCACUUAACACUGCCUAUAUAUUGUAAUGUGUGGCUUAGUCUGGCUAAAAUCUCUUAAAGCUUAUGCUGAACUGUUCUCUUACCUUAAUUUUUGUUGUUAAAGAUGGUAUUGACUCCAAUGUUUUAUUAUGUUAUGGUUGACUGUUGAAGAGAUGUUUUGGUUGAUGAUACUAGUAUGGCGUAAUGUUUUUGUUACAAAUCAUUAAGGAAUGACUCACAGUGAUUUGAUUGUUAUCCAUACAAAAAUAUGUGAUCCAAAGUAAAACCAUUUAAAUUUUAAACUCCAAUCAAAUUUCAUUCACUUUCUUACAGAAUACUUCACUGAUUAAAUUCAACCCUGUGAGGUAUAUUUUUUUUUAAAUAUCCGUAGGAUAUUUGUCCCUGAGGCCUUGGGACUGGUCAAAAUGCUUGUGUUGUAUUUAUUUUCUAAAACAUGAGAUUGUGUUGUAUUUAUUUUCUAAAACAUAAGAUUGUGUUGUAUUUAUUUUCUAAAAUGUCUUCCAAUGCUGGCACAAGAACAUGUAUCUUUUGAAUUUGAUCUGUCACAGAAAAAUGAUCAAACUUGACUUGUUAUUUAUGUGUGGUCAUGUGGCAGUCUGCAGAUAAGUGUAUAAAACUGGUAACCUCUUUGGUUUUGUCAACGUAAGCCAAAUUCUUUAUGGAUUGGCCAAUAUUUAUCCAUUAAUUACUACCAACCAAUCAAAUCAUAGAAAUGCACAAACUGGCUAAAGAUAACCAAUGGACAGUUUAUCCAGGUUUUAGACAAUCAGAGGCAGCAGUAGUCUUCAGUCUAGUUUUUAUAUUUAAAUGAUAUGAUUGGUUAGUAUUAAUUGUUGAAUAAUUAUUGACCAAUCAUAUCAUACAAUUUGGCUAACUUUAACCAAACCAAGUUUUACCCAGAUUUAUACAGUUGGCUGCUGUAAUUAAUUAUUAAAUUAUAUCCUUAGUUUCUGAUAUCUUUAUGUUGAAUAAAAUAGUGUCUGACUAUACUGACAUCAUUUCACUUCUUUUUUUUCUGUUUGAUUAUUCAGUUAAGCUUUGCAACUGCAUUUUUAAGGCUUCAAUUUUUCUCCACCAAGAUAAGGAUCUUGAAUGUGAUACAUUUAUUUGACAUUUGACUUUAGGUAAUCAGAUGGUAGUACAAAAAGUGAUGCUUAUUGUUUAUAAUUCGAAGCCUUACAUACUCUUUGUUCUAAAGUACUCUUUGUUUUCAACAGUUAACAUAACACGCUAUGAUUAAUAUGAAUCCUAACAAUCACACUAGUCACUUUACUAGUUGAAUUAAUCAGCUCAAUUGGAACACCUCGGCCAUCUCCACCAUACGAUGAGCCUCGGGUGUAUCCCGGUGCAUUACUAAAAGUAGUUCUUAAAAUUAAAAUAGCGGCGAUGCCUACAAAGGUGGUGUCUGUCUGUACUUUAUGUUAAGUAUCAGACAGGCAAAUAUUUUGCCUAAAAAAUAACAAAGCAGCACAGCUUCAGAUGUAUACUGUAACUGAAUUACAACGCCAUCUACUGGUACUUUGAGCAUAGUUAAAUGUAAAGAAUUCUGACAUUGUAUUAUUAUAUAUUAUUAUACCAGAUUUGUUGAGCUCCCUUUUCAUAAAAAAAUAUGUUCAAGGGCGCUUGUAAACCGUCCACAUCCAAAGUUGUUCUGAAUGAAAAUGGCCAAGGUGCUCCGAUUGAAUGCAGUUUAACAGUUAUGAGAGGCAUAUUACUCAUCAGCGAAGAUCACACGGCCAAAUCUUCAGUCCAUUUUUUUCUGUGUAAACCAUGUUGGGUAAUUGUUUUGCUAUGGCCUAUCACAAAAUGUGCAAUAUAUACAUAACUCAUGUUUAACUUGUUUAUGCUUGUGAUAUAAACUUGCAUCUCAAUUCAUCAUUGUUAUUACUUUAUUAUGUUUAUUGAAUUGUAUUUUAUUAUUUUAACUUGCGAGUUUCAGAUUUUAAAUGUAUCCAAUCAGGCCCAAGCUUGCAAGUGUGUUGCUGCCAUGUGUAUGUACAUGUAUGUGUUGCUGCCAUGUGUAUGUACAUGUAUGUGUUGCUGCCAUGUGUAUGAACAUGUAUGUGUUGCUGCCAUGUGUAUGUACAUGUACGUGUUGCUGCCAUGUGUAUGUACAUGUAUGUGUUGCUGUCAUGUGUAUGUACAUGUUGCUGCCAUGUGUAUGUACAUGUAUGUGUUGCUGCCAUGUGUAUGCACAUGUAUGUGUUGCUGUCUUGUGUACGUACAUGUAUGUGUUGCUGCCAUGUGUAUGAACAUGUAUGUGUUGCUGUCAUGUGUAUGUACAUGUAUGUGUUGCUGCCAUGUGUAUGUACAUGUAUGUGUUGCUGUCAUGUGUAUGUACAUGUAUGUGUUGCUGCCAUGUGUAUGUACAUGUAUGUGUUGCUGUCAUGUGUAUGUACAUGUAUGUGUUGCUGUCAUGUGUAUGUACAUGUAUGUGUUGCUGUCAUGUGUAUGUACAUGUAUGUGUUGCUGUCAUGUGUAUGUACAUGUAUGUGUUGCUGCCAUGUGUAUGUACAUGUAUGUGUUGCUGUCAUGUGUACGUACAUGUCUGUGUUGCUGUCAUGUGUAUGUAUGUGUUGCUGCCAUGUGUAUGUACAUGUAUGUGUUGCUGCCAUGUGUAUGUACAUGUAUGUGAUGCUGUCAUGUGUAUGUACAUGUAUGUGUUGCUGCCAUGUGUAUGAACAUGUAUGUGUUGCUGCCAUGUGUAUGUACAUGUACGUGUUGCUGCCAUGUGUAUGUACAUGUAUGUGUUGCUGUCAUGUGUAUGUACAUGUACAUGUUGCUGCCAUGUGUAUGUACAUGUAUGUGUUGCUGCCAUGUGUAUGCACAUGUAUGUGUUGCUGUCAUGUGUAUGUACAUGUAUGUGUUGCUGACAUGUGUAUGUACAUGUAUGUGAUGCUGACAUUUGUACAUAUAUAUUCUAUUGUAACAUGCAGCUGUGUAAUUAGUUUUCCAGAUAUUGAAUGUUGGUCAAUACCAUGUCAAUGUAUGAUUUGAUUAUAUAUAUAUUCCCGUAUACACACGACUAGUAUUAUAUUGACCAUUAUGGACAUAAUUAUUGACUUUCCAUUUACAUGCGUUUGUAUAUUCCAAUUACGAAGCCAAUUCUUGUACAUGUAUUAUUGCUCUAGAUUACAAUUAUUAUUGUUUUCAUUUUAAUAUGCAUGUUCAUUUGUCUUAAUAAAAGUAUAAUAUAUUUCUGAAAUGCG